GAUAUGUGAUCGUGUGCGCAAUCAGCAUCAAUGUAGUUUUCUAUCCAUUCUAUUUUUUCCACACCUUUAGUAUAAAUUGAUUCUUCGAUCUAAUUAAGGAGAAAAAAAACAGAAAAAUAGAAGUUCAAAAAUGUCGGAAACUGUGGGUAUGAAGCCUAUUCAAAAUGGGCAAAUGUACCGACAAAUAUUCGAGGCUGAAGUUCAACUAGUGAACAGUUUAGCCACUUCAAAGGCGACUCGCCGACAGAAGAGACUAGAAAACGAGGAUGUUUCCAGAGUACAGGCUAAAAAACUAGAGGGGGACAAACCUGUGGUGAAUAAUGCAUUAGUGGGCAUGGAUGAGCGACAGAAGACAUGGGCGACAUCUAUGCCGAAUGACUGGAAGACCGAAAACCCUGUUUUGAAAAGGUACAAAAGUGUAGCUCAGCAGAAAAGAGUGAAGGGACAUAUGAUGUACAAAGACGAAGACGUGGUUGCGGCGUUGCCGGAUGUUGUGGCGCCGGUGUCUUUCGACCCCAACUCAGCUGGGCGGGCCAGGACUUUGGUGCUUGUGAACAAACUGACUGAGGGACGCAUGGAGAGACAUAGGGCUGCGUUUGAAGACAUGGAGCAGGAGGUUUCCUUAUUAGGAAAGGAGAUAGACGGUGAAAUGCAGAAGCGUUCACAAGAGACCAGUGAUUUCCUGGAACGACAACAGGACGAGAUUGAUCGCAUCAUGACUAGCAUUGACGACCAGGAGGUGCUGCAGAGUUUCGACAGUGGGGGUCUGUUCAAAGUGUGGGAGGCAGUGUUGGAGAUCUGUAAGUUCAGACAGGAGUCCAUCCGCAAACUGGACUGGGACUUGAAGCAGAUGGAAAAAAGGAGGAGGAGUCUCACUUUCGACAUCCUCAGAAAGUACUUCCUCAUAUUCGAGAGGAUCGCCCACUUGCUGCCCGCAGAUGUGCGCAAAUUGAUGGAAGUCGAGACACAAUCUUUGAACGAAGUGCUGAUGGAAAAUGAAGUUCGGCUCUCUGAGUUCAUCGGUCUAAUGGUCAAACACGAGUUCGAACUGGAACGAAGUCUGCGUGAGAACUGGACUGACAAGAGGAACUUCUGGCGCACCACCAAGCAGAACGUGCUCCUAGCCGAAUUCAAAGAGUACAUGAACUCAUCGGAAGUUACGAAACCUGAAAGUGCCUCUGCCAUUCUUGAAAAGUUUUACGAUGAGCAGGAGAUGCUGAAUAAUGCACGAAAAGAGUUGAUUGUAACUUUCAAGGAGACUUUUAUCCCCCCUAAGUCUCACAAGUCGAAUGUGUAUCAGUGGAACAGUGCCAUGGGACAGUUCUCCAAACAACUCCUGGCCAUUCAAGAGAAAUACAUGACCCUUCUGCAUACAGAGUACGAGCGAGUCUGUCAGAACUGCUUGGGCGAACUCCAAGUGCAUAAGAAGACGUUGAUUGAGUCGCAAGUGUGUGAUAAAAAAAGUGCUGCUGUGGUGAUGGAAAGAGACUUCCUUCCUCUAGUCGGCAAACAGCAGAGAGUGUUCGAACAGAUACUCGAAAACAUGGAUACGAGUCUGGAGGAUCAGAACAAGAAUCAAUUUGAGGAGGUGAAGAGUCUGUUCAAGUUCAGCCAGGGUCUGGCUCAUGUGUGGGACCAGCACGAGGCAGGACUGGCCCAGCAGGAGAGAACUAUGCAGACCAAUCUGGACGCCAAUCGAAUCAAAAACGAUCAAAUUAACCAGGAGCGUGAGGCCACUCUAGACAUGACAAUCGACAAACUUCGCCAAGAGACAUCAGAAGCGGGCCUGAAGGCCACUUUGAAACAAGUGAUGGACAUCCUGGAUCGAAUCCGAGCAGGCUAUGAUGAGUUCGCUCUGCAGCAGGAGAAGUUAGUGAAGAAGUAUCCCACAGGAGUCCAUCAGGAGUUCGACAAAUAUGACCAGAACUUGCUCAAGUUCUUCGGAAUAUCGCGCAAGAACCCAGCUGAUAAGAAGAAGCCGACAGCGGGAGCAGCCGACGCUGGCGGAAACAGUGCGAGACCCUCUAAAGCACCCAAAGAUAAAGAGGGAGCGACUACUGACCGGGACAAACAUCAUGGACAUCAAGAUACGACACGGUCAACCAAAACAAUGAAAGCUCUAGCGGGAGUGGAUGGGGCUAACAAGUCAACUGAGACUAAAGAACAGAAGAUGAAGAGAACUGUGAAAGAGAUCAUCCAGAUGUCAACUGGAGUCCAGUUCUUCGUCCUAUCUGUGGCCGGGUCAGACGGGGUCAUUGACACUCCUGAUGACUCAUCGAGUAGUCUGGAACAGUCAAAUAAGUCUAAAGGUAAAGGAAAGUUGGGUGAUUCGGGAGACGGAAUUGAGCUGACGGAAGACGACAUCUCUGAAUCGACUGUGGAGGCGAAAGACAAGGGGACGACUGGGGGUGCUGCCGACGAGCAACAGUUUCCCGAGGACUCGAAUGAGGAUCCGGAAGACGAGGAGGCGGACGGCACUACUGUUCAUCCUCAACGGAAUCACUUGAAUACGUGUGCACUGCCGAGGUCACACUUCCAAAAGGUGAAGCGCGAGAUGCGUCAUCACUUCCUGGAGCAGCUGGAAAAGUGGCGCAAGGAGUCUGACCAGAGGGCAAACAGCAUAGUGAGCGCCAAGACGAACGAGCUGAAGAAUGAGUUGCAGCUGAAGUUGCACCUGCAUGAACCCAGGGCCAAGAGGGCCGAGAUAGACAUUCACAAUGUCAGAGCCGCCGAGUUGGUGAUGCAUUCGGAAAGAGUAGACCGACACAUCAAAGGUGUGAAUCAGACUCUCAACGACUUGCGGAAAGAGUUUGUAGACAUGUCUUCCAAACACGACUCGUUCCACGACAACUUCAAGACUGCCAUUCAGGCUCUGGAAGCCGUGUUUGUCAAUGCUACCAAAUCUCAGAAACUACAGGAGAUCCAGACACAGCUGAAAAAGGAGAAGGGCUUGUACAUGGACCAGAUCCGGAGUGACCUGAGGAGCUUCCGGCAGAAGAUGGACGACACGAGCCAGAUGUUGCGGGAGGCCAACAGUCGCUUCAUCAAGGGAUUCAAGGUGUUUUCGGAGGGGGGCAAUUUCUGUGUGGAAGAGAUAGGAGAGUACAAGGGCCAGUUGGACCGAGUGAGUGGCCAGAUUGAACAGACCGAGGGGGUGAUCAUGGCCGAUCUGGAGAGUAUGGAGAGCAGCAGGAUGGACAAGGCUAACCAAGUCUGCUCCAACUUCGAAAACAAGUUCAAGCACCACAUGGCAGAUUUGACCUUCAUUGAGAAGUUGUCCCGAUGGCUGACCAACACCCAGGUGAAGAUUAAGACGGAGGCAUCAGAGAGCAACACUCAGAGCCAGACUCUGGCACUCCUUCUGAGCAAGAUAGAUCGGAAAAUAAACGCCAUCCAACAUCCAUCGCCGGAUAAAGAGAACCUCACUGCGAUCGACCUACAGGAGUGGCUAGUGACAGUGUUUGACACGUUCAAUGCCAGGGCAGAGUAUCUAAACUGUCUGAAGGUGCCAGUGACUCAGUCCCAAGCUGCUGGGAACCCCUCACAGCUGCAGCCUCAUCCGCAGUCGGGACUAGCGUCCAUGCCGACUAGUCUGAAAAGGAAGACUUCUAGGAUGCAGCAGAUGUCUACCUCGAAUCCGGGCAAAGUGGGUUUCUUCGAGAGUGGGACCAAGAAAAGCCAGGACGAAUCUACCAUGCGGCUGAUGAAAAACAUAUUCAAUGCUCAAAAGACAAAGUUAUCCCUCUACCAAGAAGCUUCCCUGGCAGAAUCAGGAGGGGGCAAAACUGGAGACGGGGGAGGGGGACUUGGGGAUGAGAAGUCACGUGCCACUCUGAGUCGGAGGAGCACCAACAUGAGUGACCAGUCGGCCAGUGGGUCGAAACAGAGGGUCUCCUCAGGGGGGCAGGGACUAACUGGCCGAACCUCCAAAUCAAAUCCUCUAAAAGGCACAACUUAUGUCAGUACUCGAAGAGGGAGCAAGGGGAUCCGGUUCGACAAGAAGUACCUGGUGUUCGGAGACAAGAGUCCCGAGGGAACCCACUUCCAGGCCAACAUCCAGCGCAUACUCCAGUACACCUUAGAAGGCAUGCUAGUCGUAUCAGAUUCUUACUACCGCAACAAAGGUCUCCGGGCCAUCACGCGACCCCAGGCCAUCCAGGACUCGUUUGACUCGUGUGCUGACGUCAUAGGCACGAAGCUGCAGAACUACCAGUCGCAGGCAGAGAACUUCUACAACAACACUUUGCAGGAGUUCCGACAGCAGAUCCGAGACCUGGAGGCGAAGGUGUCUCUGGUUCCCGAAUUGGUGAUCAAACAGUUUUUCCAAGAGCGAAUCGCAACUCUGAGAGAUACGAAACCCAGUCCGGAGUUGCUGGAGAAAAGUGAGCUACUAGCCAAGAAACGAUCGGAGUUCGAGGCUAAGCUGCACCCAGAGAUGGGCCAUCCGAAUAGAGUCGUGCAAUUGGGCCAGUUGGAUGGGGCUGAACAAGAGAGACACAAAGAGAUAGUGUCCACUAUAGACAUUUGCAACUCAGGCGUCAAUGAGCUGUUGAACAGACAGGCGAAGGCCUACUGUUCUGAUCUGGCCAAGCUAUCGGAACAGCUGUUGCUACAGUAUGACGGCCUCCUCCUCAUCGAAGAUGUCAAUAUGGGCAAUUUCGGCACCAAAGAGCUGAGCACUGAAGAAUUGAUCCGCCGGAAGGCGAAUGGCGAGUCGCUGGAGGAGCCGGUGGAGCAGCCAGUGGCGUCCAGAGGGAGGGGAAACUGGGAGGGCAUCCCACUUAACACACUAGCCACAUCUGAUUUAGACCCUAAUCUACAGGUGGUGAAGUCGGCGGUGGUGAGCACGAUGAAGUCAAGUGAUGUGCACAAGACAGUGGACAUCUUAAAGGACAAGUACUUCGAGCUGUUUGUGACGGAGUUCCAGAUGAAAGCGAAGAAGAGUGAGAAUCACUUUGAGCACGAGAGGAUCCAGGAGAGGCGGUGGAGCAACAACUGGACACAGUCGGUGGCCAAGAUCAAAGCACUCUACUGAAGACACGUUUUGACACCCCGCAACAUGAAAAACAUGCCCCCCUCGACUCGCACGGGAACCUGAAAAACAAUUAGUAGGAACCGCUGAGUCGAAAAGAGCGCAAAAAAUAAUCAAGCUAAAAUUUGGAUGAUUAGAAGUUACCUCCUCUGCAAAUUGAUAUCAAUAGUUCUACCGCAACCAUAUCAUGUAGACAUUUCAUAUCAUUCUA